AUGAUUCUGCUCUCCUAUUGCUACUUUGUUGCUGUUACAGCAGCACUGGCGUUUGCCAGACCUAGCCUUGAGAUCCGCUCUCGCUCCUUACACCAACAGGUUGCUCACAAAUCUGUGAGGGCUAAUGAUAUUGUUUCGUCUGCAUGGUAUACUGGGUGGCAUGCCGAAUACUUCCCACUUGACAACGUGUCAUGGGAUAAGUACACUCAUUUGACAUAUGCUUUUAAGGGAACAAGUGAAAACGCUUCUGACACUUCGCUCCCCGAUAGCGACGCGGAUUUGCUUCCGCAGUUCGUUGCUAAAGCACAUGAAAAUGAUGUCAAGGCGCUUCUGUCAGUAGGUGGCUGGGGCGGAUCGCAAUAUUUCUCGACGAACGUUGGCGAUGAGAAUAACCGCACUAAGUUCGUUAGUGCGAUGACUGAGCUUGUUAAUACCUAUCAGCUCGACGGAAUUGACUUCGACUGGGAAUACCCCGGUCGCCAAGGUAUCGGAUGCAACACAAUCUCACCAAACGACUCUGCCAACUUUCUGGCGUUCCUACAAGAGCUUCGUAAUACUUCACUUGGCCCGUCCCUCAUUCUUACCGCUGCUGUGAGCCUCAACCCCUUUACAGAUGGAGAGGGUGUACCUUCACCGAAUGUCACUGGCUUUGCCAACGUCCUGGACUACAUCGCAAUCAUGGAUUACGAUGUCUGGGGAAGCUGGAGUCCCAGAGUCGGCCCGAAUGCUCCGCUAAACGAUACGUGCGCCAGCACGGAAGAUCAACAGGGCAGUGCCGUUUCUGCAGUUGCAGCAUGGACUAAGGCAGGAAUGCCGGUGAACCAAAUCACACUCGGUGUCGCGUCGUACGGCCAUUCGUUUUCUGUAAACGAGUCUUCAGCGUUUGACGGAUCCAGCUCAAAGACCGUACUUGCUCCUUACCCAGCAUUCAAUGCAUCAGCAUUCCCUGUAGGCGAUUCAUGGGAUGGCCAGCCAGGAAUUGACAUGUGUGGUAAUUUCGGACAGCAGGGCGGUAUACAGCAUUUCUGGAACCUGGUUGAUUCAGGAAUGUUAUUGCCAAAUGGCACUGCCGCGCCGGGCGUCCCAUAUCGCUUCGACGAUUGUAGCCAGACUGAUUACUUGUAUAAUACGACAGCAGGAGUGAUGAUCAGCUAUGAUGGACCCAGGGCAUUCGCUGCGAAGGGGAAUUUUAUAAGGACGGCGGGACUGAGAGGAUUUGCCAUGUGGGAGGCUGCUGGCGACAAGGACAAUGUACUACUUGAUGCUAUUCGUGAUAGUGAUUAA